CAAUGGGCAGCUCAAUUUGACAAGGCGGGAAAAAAAAAACACAGAUCGCGAGAAAACUGUAUUAGGGGUAAAUCCCCUAAACUUAACCACAGUGAAAGUUAAAAAAAACUAAUACAUAGUACUCAGCUUCAGGAGCACGGUAAAAACUAGUCAACCGGGGUCAGGAAACAGACAUCAAGUCCAAUACAAAUUCCAUUCCUUGAGUAAGUCUUUUAGGAUUUGAAUCUCUCUCUGUCUAUAUUUUGUCCCACAAUUCUAGAGAGAGAAAAGCGCCUCCCAGAUUACGGGUUAGAGAGAGAGAGAGAGAAGAAAGAAAGAAAGAAACAGAGAGAAAUCUUAGGGUGAAGCUGUCCGUAAAACCUCAACAAUGGCGUUGGUUUCUUUCUUUGGAAGGCUUCUUUUCGUCUCCGUCUUCGUCCUUGCCGCUUACCAAGAGUUUAAUGGAUUUGGGGAUGAUGGUGGGCUUGCUGCAAAGACUUUGAAGCCAAAGUUUAACACUUUCUCAAAGCAUUUUACCACCCAAACUGGUCUUCAAUUUCCUCAUGUGGAGAUAAAGUACUUAGUUUUGGGUGCUAUAGUCCUGAAGAGUCUCGGAAGCCUUCUUUUUGUCCUCGGCAGCUCUCUUGGAGCUUAUCUUCUGCUCUUGCAUCAGGCAGUUGCCACUCCGGUGUUGUAUGAUUUCUACAACUAUGAUGCUGACAGCAAAGUGUCUGGUCGACUGUUUCACAAAUUUGCUGAGGUUAGUCAUUCCCCUGUUCACUUAUGAAUAGUCAUUAUAAUACUUCAAAGUAGCUGGAAGCAUAAUAUUGAUCGUGAUUACACAAUUAUCUUUGGUUCAGAACUUGGCUUUGCUCGGCGCCUUGCUCUUCUUCAUUGGCAUGAAAAACUCAAUGCCCAGAAGAGCAUUGAAGAAGAAGGCCCCCAAAGCAAAAACAACUUGAAGAAGGGGUUUCCAAGAUUGAAUUGCGGCUGGGGAAUGACAAUCCUGUUGCAAAGCUUGCUCGAGCUUCUGUAGUGAUCGAUACUUUUGGAGGAUCGGAAUUUUGUAGCUUCACUUCAUUGACAUUCGGUUCAUUUUGAUUUUCCCCUCUUGAGGUUAUCUUGUCUCGCUUUUAGGUUAUUUUUUUGACUGGCUUGUUAUGAUUAACUGAAUCCCCAAAAAUUAUUAGUUCAAAUGAAGCCUAUUAGUGCUAUUGAUUUCUUUUGUGCUGCUA